AUGGAGAGAAGUAAAGAAAGAUGUGGUGGCGAGGGGCUGGCAGAGCCAAAGCCUGGCGGUGGGUCCCGGGAGCUGAGGCUGAGGAGGGAGAUUGGCCUGUGGAGUGCUGUGUGUCUGAUUGCUGGCUGCAUGAUUGGCUCUGGCAUCUUCAUGUCACCACAGGGUGUGCUUGUCUACAUGGGCAGCCCUGGGGCCAGUCUUGUGGUCUGGGCAGUCUGUGGUCUCCUGGCCACCCUGGGUGCCCUGUGCUAUGCCGAACUGGGCGCCCUUAUUCCUGAAUCUGGGGGGGAGUAUGCCUACAUCCUGAGGACCUUUGGCUCCUUGCCAGCCUUCUUGGUCAUCUAUACUUUUGUGCUGGUUGGCAGACCAGCGGCCAUUGCUGCAAUCUCUUUGAGCUUUGCUGAGUACGUAGUGGCCCCCUUUUAUCUGCGCUGCUCCUCAGUGCCCCAGGUGGUGGUUAAGGGAGUGGCUGCAUCCAGUAUCCUGCUGCUGAUGCUGGUCAACUGCUGGAGCUCGAGGCUGGCCACCAUGCUGAUCAACGUGUGCACAGUGGCCAAAGUGCUGUCACUGCUCAUUGUCAUUGGGGGUGGGGCCGUGGUGCUGGGCCAGGGCCGGGCCCGCACAGAAGCCCUUCUGCACGCCUUCCACAACACCACGCAGCAGGCCGGGCGCAUCGGCAUAGCCUUCUACCAAGGCCUGUGGUCCUUUGACGGCUGGAAUAGCAUCAACUAUGUGACGGAGGAGCUUAGGAAUCCACAGCAGAACUUGGUGUGGGCGCUGAUGAUCGCCAUUCCACUGGUCACUGGCCUGUACAUCCUGGUCAAUAUCAGUUAUCUGCUAGUGUUGUCCCCCAAUGAGAUCCUCUCCUCUGAUGCAUUGGCUGUAAGCUGGGGGAACCAGGUUAUAGAGACCUGGGCCUGGAUUGUACCCUUGGCUGUCAUGCUCUCAACGUUUGGUUCUGUAAAUGGAGUGUUCUUCAGUGGAAGCCGUGUAUGUUAUGCAGCUGGACGAGAGGGACAUAUGCCCCGGCUCCUGUCCAUGGUUCACCUGCACUGCCUCACGCCAGCACCAGCACUGCUAUUCACCGCGACUGUGGCUCUGGUCCUGAUCAUCCUAGGAAACUUCAUCACCAUCGUGAACUUCCUGAGCCUCACAGGCUGGCUCACCUAUGGGACCACCAUUAGCUGCCUCCUGUACUUGAGGAUGAAGGAGAAGAAUCUUCCCAGGCCUUAUAAGGUUCCCACCGUCAUCCCUGUCAUCAUGCUCCUGGCUUCUGUCUACCUGGUCCUGGCGCCCAUCAUUGACCAUCCCCAGAUGGAGUUCCUUUACGUCUUCCUGUUCCUGGUCAGUGGUAUCCUGGUGUAUUUCCUAUUUAUCUCCUUCCGGUGCCAGCCCAAGUGUUUGAAGAUGGCCACCCUACAUCUCCAGCUGCUCCUGGAAGUUGCCCCAGCCACUAAAAGUUUUGACUGA